AUGAACUGGCUUACGAGCGCUCGCAACCCCUACGACGUCGUCUUCCUCCAGAAGACACACCACGGACUGGGCCACGCUUUCACGGAGUACAAGGUUCCUGGAUGGACAGUGAUCUCCAGCCCGGGCCCCUCGCACAGAUGGGCAGGAGUCGCACUGUACAUCUCAGAACGUUUGGCAAGCCACUUGGAUGUCAGAUUUCAGGAAUUGAUUCCGGGUCGUUUAUUGCAUGCUCGUAUACCAGUAGGAUGUCACAAACAGAAUCUACACCUUGAUUUGAUUAACAUUUAUCAGUGGGCAUGGGACACCGAUGCCUCGAAACAACGCUCAGCCAAACGUCAAGAGGUAUGGCAGCGCUUAAACAGGCUGCGCACCACCCUUCCUGCUCGCAACGCCAAGUGUGUGGCAGGAGACCUGAACUGCACCCUUAGCACCGAUGGGCAACAUGUGGGGCCUGGCACAUACCGAGGAGCCGCCCGUGCUGCCCAGCCGGGUGUCAAUGAUGCACAGCAGGCAUUGAUAGCUGGCCGCAUGUGUGCGCUGAAUACACGGUCAUCCAAACGUAGGUCAGCCACCUAUGUAGACCCAGACAAGGCACACUCGAGCCAGAUAGACUUUAUCAUGCUUGACCUAGCACACGUCGACCAACAGGCGCGACGCAGCCAGCUCCUGCCCCACUGCGAUUUUUCGCCGUGGCGUGAAGGUGGCAAGCAUAAAGCCUUAGUGGCCAGCAUCCGCAUCCCCGCCUUCUAUGCUAAGGUCACCAAGACCCCGCCGACGGGCCUCUGCAGAAGUACGGAUCGGGAGGCCCUUCGGCAGGACAGUGCACAGGCGCGUGAGCUGGACCUUCACCUCCAAACGCGUCUUGCGCAGGCCACCGUCAGCACAGCUGCUGAGCUGACGCGGGUAGUCCAUGAAAGCUGUCAGAAGGUGCUUUCCGCAGGCAUGCAGCCUUUCAGCGAUGCCAGAAGGCUCUUAGGCAGCGUGGACGUGAGCGGCGCAGGGCUCUUGUCCAGGGGACCCGAUAAUACCAUCCUCGACCCUGCCCAAGAAUUCCAACAAAUCUACGAGUACUUUACACACCUUUACCAACAAGGCCCCGACACUUGCAGUACCACUUAUGUCCUUCAACAUGACUACAACAUCACCGAUACAGAGAUCCUGACCAGCCUCAAGCAGCAGAGGGCCGGCAAGGCUGUUCCCCAGGGAAAGGUCAGUCAUUCAUACCUAGCUGCAGCCAUGCGACACCUUGAGAUUGACGAGGAUACCAUACAACUCACCCUUGCCCUUCACCAGGCAUCCUAUCACAUCACGCACCACCAGCACGAGGGUAGCAUAGCUCUACGGAAUGGAAUUAGGCAAGGGUGUGUUCUGUCACCGCUGCUGUGGGUUUGCGUCACGACGUACAUGCUUCAUUGCCUCUCCCAGCGCACCAGCCCGGAGUGGGUUCGUGACGAAGUGACGGCUUUUGCAGACGAUUUCAUCUGCUCCUUCACCCUGCACAAAGUUGAGGACGCUCAACUCAUGUCCCAGCGCAUCCAGCAGCUCUUCCUUGUACUACGGGAGGCCGGAAUGCAGGCGAAUGCAGAGAAAUCCCAUUUUCUUGUCAAAGCCGUCGGUGGCCCGCUGCACAGAUGGCUAGCAAAGCGCAGCUUUCGUCAGCGUGGCGCCCUUUUCUAUGAUAUGGGAACACCUUUUGAGCCCCUCAAGCUCGCUUACUCCUCCUCUAUUGACUAUUUAGGGGUGGUUGUAAGUUACGGUGCCUUUGAGCAACAAAGCAUGGACAAGCGGCUGCGUGCGGCACGCGCAAAUCAAGCCCUCCUGGCGAAGUUCUUAUACGGUAGAAAAGGCCUUACGCAAACCCACAAGCUGAGCAUGUACCGCACCUGCAUCCGCAGCGCUGCCACAUACGGAUUGCCAGCAGUCGGAGUGACACCCAAGAGCCUCCGAGCUCUGCACGCCUUUGAGAUCAAAACCCUAAGAGCUAUUGCCCGAUCCCCCCGACACCUUACCCAUGAAACCAACAAAGACCUGUACAACCGCCUGGGUAUCAGACCUGUGGAGGACGCCCUGCUAGCCCUAAUCCAAAACAGGCUGAAAGAGCUGGAGGGCGGGAAUCACGUAUUUCCUGGAAAGCCGCAAGAGCUAACCUGGCAAACGCAGGUAAGGAGUGAUUUCCGAGAAGCCAAAGCUCUCCUUCAGUACACAACCCUGGUGCCGUGCGAGGGCAGUGGCUAUCCAUGCCUGCCGGUAGGAUUUCAGAAUCACAUACUCAGACAGUGCCCUGCCAUGACAGCUGAAGUCUCCGGAACCUCGAACUCGCAGGCGACCCCCUCGGCCAGUGUCCCUGUUCCGCAGUGCGCUGCAGGGGAGGCUACUGCCGAGGCAGCACCAGCACCGCUGCCCCUUUUUGACCAGCCUGACACGAGAUCAGCUCUGGAAGCCGACUGGGUCUCUUUUGCCGAAAACCAUGGCCAAGAGCUGAGCGAGUACUGUGUUUCCUGCGCGCAAUGGUGUAGCAAAGACAAAGGAGGGCUCAAGAAUCAUAUCCGCCGCAUGCACCCCAGCCAUUGGUCACAUCGUGAUGCCGUAAUCCGUAGGCUCAAGGCCCACUACCGGCUUCGCUACAAAGGGUACUUUCAGGCUUGUCUCAUGCACCAAAUAUGGUUCCCUGAGGCCCCCCUUCAAGAUGCCGCUCAGAGGAUGCAACGGCAACGAAGCGCUCGCCCCCCUCGGGAAGAGGGGCAGGCCAGCAAGUGGCACAAGCCGUCCAACAAAGGCUCCAGGGGAAAGGGCCAAAACUGGAGCCAAAGCUGGGGACAGGAGCGAUGGCAGCGGGACUGGCAAGGGGAGGAGCAGACCUUAAGCCAGAAGAUCAGCGGGGACGAGCUGAGGGAGGUGGUGGGCUUACUGGCGAGGCUAGCCCUCAAGCACGAGGACACGGAGGCGGCCCUACGCUCCGACACUUCUUUCAUGCUCUACUUCAACACCCGCGGCAUGACGAUCACCCGCGCGCUCUACAACAUUGCCCAGGAAUGGCGCAGACUCAAGGACGAGGGCAAGAUCAACCAGUCCCUCCGCGUCACCUUGAUCAUCGGGAUGCUCACGGCAAUGAAGGAGAAGAUGCAAACAGCCCUCCACGAGGAGGUCAGGCCCUCCUUGGAGAAGCACAGUUGGCUGACCAAGGCCAACCCGCCUGCCUGGGCGUACAUGACGUACAACCAGGAAAAGGAGGAGCAGGAGGUGGAUGCGAUCAAGCCUCCCCUACCACAUGCACAAGCAGAGGCCACCAUCCAGCGCAUCUUCGAACUGAUUUCGAUGGAAGGCCUCCUGAUGAAAUUUCAUGCGACGCGACCCAUGGCUCCCACCUACCGCUCGGAAGUGCUCCCCUUUGUCCUCAUGGUGUCAAACCGCGGCGCCCUAGCGGACGAGUUGCACGGCCUGUUCAGUACUCUGUGCAACAACGCCUGCCUUUCCCUCAUCGGGGUCAGGAUGAGGCCGGAUCGCAUGAAGCGUCAGCCCCUGGCGGUCAAGCUGGGCCAAUGCGCCGAAAGCCUCAUGGACGCCACCAAUCCGUACCGGGGCCAGCAGCAGCAGGAGGCCUCACAGCCGUCGGAACCAAGCCAGCGGAGGCCAGAUGCCGUGUACUUGCAUAAUCCACACAACGUGUGCUAUCUCAACUCCUGCGUUACCGCCCUGCUCUGGUUAGGGCAACACACGGGCGACAGUGCGGCCUUCUUUGGGAUAUUAGGAUGGGGGAACCAGCAUUAUCCCCACGCGUUGGUUGCUGAGACACCGUUUUUCAUAGUUCAGCUCAAGCGCUAUGAGUUUCGAGACGGGCGCGCUCGCAAGCGCAACGAUCCCGUCGACCUGAGGCCCCAUGCUGUCGUCAAGGUGCCCAUCUUUUGCACAGGUCACUAUCAAGCCGCUUUGAGCUGCGGCUCGCGCUUUUACUUAAGUGACGAUCGUGUCGCAUCGAGGUACCCGCAGCGGUUCGCCGCGGGGCACCUGAUGCUAAUUUUGGAUGCAUGCAGCAUUGAUGUGCCCUUCCCACCUAUGCCGAAGCAAUGCCCAGCGGAUCCCAGCAUCGCUGAGCGCCGAGCCAUGAACUAUCUGUCCGAGGGCUCAGGAUCCCUGUGGACAGCUGUACGCGAGACAGUGGCCAUGAUGCAGUUCUCCCCAGACAAGCGCCCCUUUGCUACAGGGCAAACUUGCGUGCUGGGGGCCUACUGUAAGGGUGGAAUCAUUGGCCUGAGCAAGGCAAAAGAAGUCAUCGCCUUGCGUGCCCUGCCUAGGUCAGCUAGCGCCCAUGGCCCACGCAACGCAGCAGCCGGCGAAUGUUUCCAGAUAAUGGACAUAAACACUGCUGUCGUCGCUGCCGCCUUACAGGGGAUGGACAUUCUAACAGGUGUCAACGUGCUCAACAGGGACUGCAGCCUGCGCCUCCAGUUGGGGCCACCAGAUCGCUCUGCGGCAUCCACAACUGCCGACGCAGGGCCAACCCUGGCUACUACCACUGCUGCUCCAGGUGUGCGGGCUCGGGCGGAGGUCGGCCUGGACACAGGUGCUACAUCCGCAGCUUCCUCGGCAACCUUGGGCUUGACUGGCUACGGAACCGGCCAACAGGGAGGCAACCCCAACAUCAUCAUCGACCUCAGGGAAGAUGACGACCACCCGCACCCUCUCAACUCCCUCGACGACACAGUCACAGCUCACAGCAGCGACACUGCCAUGACCGGAGACACUGCCAACGACAACAACACUGCCCAGCCUUUCAGUCUGCCGGAUUUCUUGCAGCUCAUGGACUGA